AUUGAUUUUUUGUGUUAUCUGUGGCAGGAAAGAAAUAAUAAAAAAACAUUUUACCGUUACCGAGUGGAAACAAGAUUUUGUGUCUCAAUCUACAAUAUGAAGUGGUAUUCCGGAGACAUAGCUCAAGCCAUUGUGUUUGCCAAGUCAAGAGGAGCAAUUUUUGUAGUGUACAUUAGAGGUACUGAUGGGCAAUCAGAGAAAAUAACAUCUCUUAUUGAGAAUGGUGAACUUGGAUCUAAAUUAGAACAGGAAUAUUUUGUGGCAAUCAAAUUAGAAGCAGGUUCUACCCCACAUCAGCAGUUUAGUGAAAUAUAUAAAGAACCAAGUAUUCCAUCCAUAUAUUUCAUUGGAAAAAAUGGUGCUCCACUAGGCAUCAUUACUGGUAAAGAUAAUUUAGAUAUGAUACCAAAGAGAAUUGAUGAUAUUUUACUGAAAGCAGGUUUGAUACAGAAUAGGCCAGCUGAUAUCUCUGAAACUCUGAUCCAAAAUGAGCAAUUGAGUGAAAGCAGAAAUGUUUUAAGUGAAAAUGGUGCAAAUCAAAGCAAACCUAGUCAUACUGAAGAGAAUGCUAACCAGUCUGUUGAAAACAUCCAGAAGGAGGGAAAUAGUGAGCAGACAGCUGAAGAUAAAUUGAACAGAGCCAAAGAACUUCUGGAAAAGAAAAGAGAGCAAAAAUUAUUGGAAGAAAAAGAGAAUGAACGUCUCAAAGAGAUAGAGCGUCGCAAAAUGGGUCAGGGCGUACAGCAACUGAAAAAAUGGCAGGAGGACCAAGAAAUGAAACAGCUGAAGGAAGACCGCGACAGAGAAAAGCGGGAAAACCAGGUAGCAAGAGAACGAGUUCUAGCUCAAAUUGCUCAAGACAAAGCAGAGAGAUUGGCUAAGGCUCAACCACAGUCGCCACCAGAAAUACAGCACCAGAAAGCCUCACCUCCAAGCGCCUCUGCUACUAUCAAUUCCAAUAUGACGAGGCUUCAGUUCAAGCUUCCCGACGGUUCUAGCAACACAAGAGAAUUUGCGGUUUCGGACUCCCUGGAGUCGGUUGUGUCCUACAUAAAAUCCAAUCUGAAGUUGCCUUCAAACAAUUUCAUCCUGUCCACUACCUUUCCCAGACGGGAUUUCUCUAAUAAUGAUUAUUCCCAGAGUCUGUUGGAUCUGCAGCUUGUACCCAAUGCUGUCAUUUUGAUUUUGCCUUUGAAUCAUGGUUCAGUCUCCACUAACCCGGGUGGAAGUAUUACUGCUAUGAUUUGGAGUCUGUUGGCACCACUUUGGAAUAUAUUUGGGUUUUUUAGGAAUUUCAUUUUUGGGAUGAAUCCUAAUGCUGGGGGAAAUAAGAGACCGUCAGAUGAUGCAGCUGAGCCCAGAGCUGAUCAGCCAAAAAGAAGAAUGCGUGAUUCUACUGUAGUGAAAAGGCAAGGGAACAUUCAUAGACUGACCGAUAAAAGAGAUAGUGACGAUGAAAAUAAUACUUGGAAUGGAAACUCUACACAACAGAUGUGAGCAUGAUUAGGAUUAUUUGAUACAUUUUAAUUGGUUUUUAAUUUUUGUUAAUAUCAAUUCAAGAAUAAAGUUAUAUUAUAUUU